AUAAAAAUUAAGAGUCAGAGGCUCACAAUUCAAGUCUUCUUCAUAUUUUUCAUUCGUAUUUUCCACUCUCUCUUUGUCUGGUUAUGAUAGCUUUCAAUAACCAUAAACCACAAAACCAAACCUCAUCUUCUCCAACCCUUGAUUUUCCUCACUAUAGAUAUUUCAGAUAACGUUCAAAACACCACUUACCACCAUGUCCAACGUCAAAAACCACCGUAACAGCCAUGUGGAAACUCACCGGAGAGGAAGACUAACAGAGAAAUCAUCAUCUUUUCAUGGUCACACUUCUGCAACACUGUCCAGUGCAAAACUCCGGCGGCCUAAGACUAUGCCGGACCUUGUCCAGGACAGGAAACGUGCGGCAAUGACUACGUUGCCACCGGAGUUUUUUCCCAGACAGCCGACGAAGUUACUCAUUAAGGUUAUGAUGAUGGGCAGCCUUGGUCCCGUUCAAGUGUUAAUGACGAUGGAAUCUACGGUUGGAGAUUUGAUAGCGGAGGCUGUACGGUUGUAUGUCAAGGAAGGCCGCCGUCCAAUCUUGCCGUCGAAGGAUGCUUCUUGCUUUGAUCUCCAUUACUCUCAGUUCAGCUUAGAAAGUUUAGAUAGAAAUGAGAAGCUUAGGGAAAUUGGAUCAAGGAACUUUUUUAUGUGUCCAAAGAAACUUGAAGAAAGUGACAAUGGUGGAGACCGUAACGUAACGGCGUCGUUUAGUUCAUGUUCCAGACAAGUUGAAAAAGUGAGCAAAGGUUUUGGUCUUUUAAAGUGUAUAGAUUUCUUGCUAUGAAAUGAUUGGGUGAGAACAAAACAAAUCACCACUUGCCAAUGCUGCCAAAAACAGUUACUAGUAUUUCCAAUAAUUUAUUGUUUAUUUAUAUACUCAAAAUAAAUCUGUAAAUCAAUGAAAUUAUUAUUGAACAGUUGUAUCAAUGAUCAUUAUACAUAAUUUU